AACUGUCAAAAAUGACAAGUUUUGAAAUCUGAAAGUCUUAUGUUGAUAUUGGCGCGCAAGUUUUCACAAUUCACGUUUUUAAUAAAAUUCUUAAAAGUAAUAUCUUUCAAUAUAAUUAUUAAAUAUAAUGGGUCUUUUGGAAUUAUGUAAAAAGUACUUUAAUUCGACCAAUCUCUAUGAAGUGCUAGGAAUUUCUGAAAAGUCUACAGACAAAGAAGUAAAAAAAGCAUAUCAUAAAUUAUCAUUAAAAGUACAUCCUGAUCGUGUUGAGGAAAAUGAGAAACUGGAAGCAACUGAGAAAUUUAAAGUUUUGGGUAGUAUUCAUGCUAUUCUAACUGAUCAAAAUAAACGAGCUAUAUAUGAUGAAACUAAAAGUGUUGAUGACGAUGACUUCAAUGAAAUAGCAGAACGUGACUGGAUGGUCUACUGGAGGUUAUUAUUCAAGAAAAUAACAUUAGAGGAUAUUAAAGCUUAUGAGAAAGAGUAUACUGGUUCUACACAAGAGCGAGAAGAUCUUAAACAAGCAUAUAUGGCAGGGAAGGGUGACAUGGAUUACAUUGUGGAUCAUGUUCAGUUUGCUAGAUCAGAAAAUGAACCUCGCAUCAGAGAAGUUCUGAAUGAAAUGAUAGAAAAAGGUGAAAUUCCAUCCUAUAAAAUUUUUACCCAUGAGCCUGCAAAAAAACGCCAAAGAAGAAUAGCCAAGGAAAAUCGUGAAGCAAAAGAAGCAGAGGAAGAGAAACAGAAACUAGGAAUGGGAUCUGAAUCAAAUAGUUUAGAACUUAUGAUAAAGCAAAAGCAGGAAGCUAGAGGACAACAAUUGGAUUCAUUUCUUGAUAAUUUAGCAGCUAAGUAUGGUGAUAAAAAGACCAAGACAACUAAAAGAAAAGCAGCUUCUAAAACAGAGUCUGAAUCAAAAACAAAACGGAAGAAGUAAAUUUAGUUUUUAUUAAUCCAAAAGUAAAACUUGUAAUUUAUUAGAAAUGUGAAAAACUGUUUUUUUUUUUUCUUUAUAUUAUUUAACAUUUUUGUGUAUGUAUAUUUAAUUUUCUACAUGUAUUAUUAAUAAACUAAAAAUUUUCAUUCAAAA